AUGAGUAAAAUACAGAAAUUGAGCAACCGGAGGCUGCUUGUCGACCUCCUGACUCUGAUGUUUGGUUUGGGUGCUUGGAUCGGUGUAAAUGGUGUCUUCGUACAAUUGCCACUCAUAGUACAUACAGCUCCAGAAGGAUGGAGCCUACCUGUUUACAUGGUGAUGCUGGUGCAAAUUGCCAACCUAGGUCCCAUCCUGUACACUCUAUACACAAAGUACACUGUUUGGGCAUAUGACAAAUAUAUUAUUUACGUCCUGCUGAUCGCAGGAACGUUUGCCUGUAUUACACUGAGUUUCCUAUACGAUCAUACUUCAGUUGUGUUCGGCGAAGAACACUCGACUACCCUCCUGUCACUGAUGUUUGUGACUGCCCUCGUUGGAUGUACGAGUUCUGUACUCUUCAUGCCGUACAUGAGGAACUAUCGUGAGAUUUAUUUAGUGUCCUACCUCGUCGGUGAAGGAUUGAGUGGAUUUGUACCGAGCGCAGUAGCACUGAUUCAAGGCGUUGGUAAUAAUGCGAAAUGCGUCAACGUUACCAAGCCAGGCUCGACUCACCUGGAAUUUGUAUCUGUGGAAUCGGAUCCGAGAUUCUCCUCCGAAAUAUUUUUCAUCUUUAUCGGGACUCUGUUAUGUCUGAGUUUUCUCUCGUUCUUAGGCCUAAACGCUUUACCUGUAGCACGCGGGGAGAGAGUCAAGCAGUCAGUCGAUUCCGACACUACCGAUUCCGAAGCUACCUAUUCCGGCAGCAUGGAAACGUUGCCAACUGACGCGACGGCACCGUCGAGCUACAAAACUAAUUCGGGUUCGAAAAUGCCGAGAUUUAGCUAUUAUUAUUUAUUAGUCAUGAUGGCUGUAGUAUGUUUCCUCGGUAACAGUACUUUACUGAGCAUACAACCGUACUCCUGUCUACCAUAUGGUAGUAUAGCGUAUCACUUGACAGUCACGCUAGCUUCCAUAGCCGGCCCAUUGGCUAUGUCCUUAGGUUUCUUUGUAAAAACGCCAGAAGUAAGGCUCCUCAAUAUCCUUAUGAUAACUAUUUUGGCACUUUCAGGCUUCGUUUUAUAUCUGGCCGCAAAAUCGCCUUAUCCCCCCUUGCAACAUUCGUGGGUCGGUGAAUUGAUGGUAGUCGUUGUAUGGAUAAUGCUAUGCGGUUUAAUUGGAUUCGUAAAAAUGGGCAUUACGACGUUGUAUCGGCCCGAUCCUGGAAAGGGUCUUUAUUAUAUAGGCGUUGCGACACAAGUUGGAUCGUUAAUAGGUGCAAUUACCAUGUUUGGUUUAAUCAAUUAUGCAAAAGUAUUUCAGUCUUAUUCACCCUGCACACAUCUUGUAGGAAAUUAA